UCGUUAGCGGAGCGAUCGCAACUCAGGUUCGCACGCAUUGGCUCGCGCUAGUAUGGUAGACACACGUAAAAUGGCGAGAUACAGUUGUUAUUUACUCGAUUCAAAAGUAGCGGAAUAAAGGCGGAUAAAAGCAAGUCGGAAUCGUUCAAUACGUUGAUUAGACGGUCUUGUUUUUGUGUCUGUUCCGCGAAAUAACUUUUGUAAGUGAUCGAUAUCGUGUAAGAGCAGAUACUUUUGCAGAUAUGAUAUUGAUGGAUUGGUCCUCCUUGAUAUAUUAGCAGCGAUACAAUAUUGAUCUUUAGUAAUUGAAGAGGAUCAUAUUUUUACCAGUAAUUAAGUCUUGAAUAAUAUGGCACAAUAUUAUAACCUUGUGACUAAUGCCGGUAGUACUUUUACAAUUGAAGAAGUACCAAGAGUCUGUACUGUAGAUGGACAGCCAGUUCAGUUAGUUGUUGAGAACGUAAAUAAUAGUGGUAACAGCUCACAGCAGCUUGUGGCCUGUCCUGCUACAUCACAAAACAGAGAGGCAAUAUUUCCUUCGCAUACUAUUAAUUUAGGAAAUCAAAUAGCUGCAACACGAUUGGAACAAGGACAAGAUGUGUUUAUAAUCAAAACAAAUAAUAUAGCUUCAACUCAGGAAAUAUUAAAAUCUAAUAUCGCGAAUGCACAUACUACUGAAAAUAUUGUGAAGAUUGUAGAUCAUUCAGGUAUUAAAACAGAUUGUAAAAAUGAAAGACAAACACAGUGGAUAAAAAUGCAAAAUGCUGCUACGACCACAGUGUUAAAACCAAAUACAUUAUUACAAGAAAGAAAUCAGACUGCCACUGUAAUUAGAAAUAAUACCCAAAACGACAUUGUAUCGCCACCAUCUGCUUGUAUGAACUCUGGUUUAUCCAAUUUUGGAGACAAAAAAAAACCUUACUAUAAAACUCUACAGGUGACGAACAAUAUAGGUGUAGCGUGUCAAACUUCAGAUAAACUAAAUGUAAUAACUACAAUGGAAAAUCGGAUUCAAAAUUCACAUGUAGCAACUCCAAGACCUGCCAUGUCUGUCAACAGCAAAAGUAUUAAUCACGUGGGCCAGAAUAUUGUACGACCAACGCGUUCUAAUACGAGUAUGUUACAUGUACGGCCUGUAGCUAUAGUUCCUCCCGAAAUCUCGAAAACAUCUGUCAGAGUACAAGGUCCGGAAAUGAAAUGCUUGAACGAGCAUAUCAAGCAAGCGAAACUUAAAAUGCAAUUACAGCAAAAGCAACAUAUCGAGAAACAGAAAUGCCAAAAUAACCCACAACGACAACAACAACAACAACAACUUCCUAACACAUUGCAUCCUGUCCAAUCCUCACUGAACCUUUUACAAUCGCGUCGUUCGAUAACACCAAAUUCUGUACAACAAAAGACGCAACAGAUUUCAAUGUCUCCGCAACCUCAACAAAUUCAAAAACAAUCCGUGACAGCAUCGCCAGCUCCUUCAGCUGAAACUAAUAGGCACGUUACCAGUACUAACGUUACCAGUAAUAUGGAAGUUGAUCUUUCUGAGUGUACGCAGGAAAAAGAGAUUAUUACUCAACAAUCUCCCUCAUUGCAAUUAGACCAUGAAAAAAGUUCAAGUGAAAGCGUUGCUUAUCUUCAGAAAACCAUCAACGAUCCAAAAAGUGCUAUAGUUCAGCAACAAAUUAACGGAAAUAAAGCAAAAAUGUUAGUGAUUUUAACCUCUGGAGAACAAAGAUUAAUUACUUUUGACAUACCGAAUGAAGACUGUACUGUGCACGACCUAUUGGUUCAGGUACGUGCAGUCAUGAUGAAUCAGGUUAAUAUCUCGUUUUCUGGAUCAACAGUCUCCCUGGUAGACGAUCCUGCGCUUGGUAUAAACUAUAUAGUAGAUGUCAGUUCUAGAUCAGCUGGGACAAACUCAGACAAUGAUCACACUGAUUCUACUUCUAAUUCUACUCAAGAAAUUGUAAGCUCCACUACAACAAACAGUGACAUUUUAUCCCAAAAUACCAACGCAUCGGAUGAAAACAGUAAUACCUCUUUUGCAAGCACGGAGGAACCUAUUUUGGUCAAGGGAAUGCUUGCUCUCUGUCCACAUUGCGGCUACAGUUCACUCCACUUCAACCGAUGUGAAAGAUGUAAUACAAAAUUAAGUGAAGAAGUCAAGUCGAUACCCAUAGCACAAAAGGAGUGUGGGAUAUCUGUUGAUAUAUUUUAUAAGAAAAAUAAUGAACGAAAUACUACACGAUUAGAGAAAACAGAACGAGACGGUCCUACAUGCAAACGGCCAAGAGGAAAGGGUAAAGGUACACCUUCAAAACCAAAGCCUAUUCACAAAGAACCAGAGUGUUUGACAAUAUCAUCUGAUGAAGAAGAUGAAGGCAAGGCUAAAAAGAUAGGAAACAUUAAUAAUAAUACGUUAGGCCAUGCAAGUAAUUCUUUUAAUGAAGAAGUGGGCACCAUAUUAGAAAAAGAACCAAUAAUUACCACCAAUUGUAUUUUUAGUUCGUAUAACGAUUUUAAAAAUGAUGAAAAAUUUGGUACAGGAACGUGUGAUAAUGAGAGCUUUGUAGACAAUGAACAAGCAUUACAAACUGCCAUAGAAUGUCGAACAGUCAGAAUAGGAUCUUAUAAAUAUAUUCCACGAGAAAAAAUAGUAGUUUCUCGUACAGGUGUAAAAUUUAAUGUACCUUUAUUAGAAGAUGACACAAGCUUUAUUACAUUGGAUGUGAAAUAUCGAGAUAUAGUUAAAUUAUUGAUACAUUUUGGAAAGACAAUGCCGGUGCUGUUCUUUUAUACAACUACAAAUACAGGCACUAUGAUACGUGAAUUAUUAGGAAUGCAAGAUCCAAAAGGGCCAUAUUAUGAUCCUGCUGGAAAAGAUCAUACGCAUAAACGUAUCACGUUAUUGCCGGACAAAUUAGCGGAUGAUUCAAGAGCCAUAAUAACAGCUUUGUUUGCACGAGGAGAUAAAAUGGAAGAAUUGAAUCCAAAAGAAGCUAAUGAUAUACUUUUGCGAGCAUCGCCUAGGGAUAAUCAAUCACAGGUGCAGAGUAUUACAACUCGGAAACAAAGCCAAAAUUCAGCAUCAAGUACCGUCAGUGCAAAUGAACCCAUACAAACAAUAACAGUUUAUCCGCCACCUCCUGCAAAAGGUGGCAUAGCUAUCAACACUGAAGAUUAUUUAUGCCUUGCCGAAGAUCAGUUCUUGAACGAUGUGAUUAUAGACUUCUAUUUAAAAUAUUUAACCUUGGAAGUAUUAUCGGAAUCUGACCAACAGAGAACUCAUGUGUUUAGUUCAUACUUUUAUAAACGUUUGACCAGUCCACAUGCUCAAGCUGCUGAAAGUGUUAUCAAACCAAUAACGCCUGCCGCAAAGCGACACGCGAGAGUGCAGAAGUGGACAAAAAAUGUUAAUAUAUUUGAGAAAGAUUUUAUUAUAAUUCCAAUUAACGAACACGCACAUUGGUUUUUGGCUAUUAUAUGUUUUCCUGGAUUAGUUGGAAAAGUUAAUUUGCAAACUAACGAAAAUAAUAUUUAUAAGACUGUGCAAAAAAGCAAAAAAGUAAAAGAGUUGAAAAAAGCAGUUACUAUAGGUUCUACAACAAUUACUCCUGUACCUACAACCAUAACGAUAGAGCAAGAUGAAGGCUCCGAGAGAGACGAGGCCGAAGGCGAUGAUGAGGAAAUGGAAAUGGAUAGUGACGAAGAAGAUGAAACUGAAGAAUCAGAAGAAAAUAGCACACCAAGCCUCGUUAAAACCGAACAGCAAAAGGACACUGUUAAAAUUCCCUGCAUAUUGAUAUUCGAUUCACUCGCUGGUGCUAGUAGAGCUCGAGUAGUUGCAACAUUAAGAGAUUACUUAAUGUGCGAACACAUUGCCAAACUUGGUGUAGAAAAGACAUUUUCAAAAGAUACUAUCAAGGGUGCAUGUCCGAAAGUGCCACAGCAAUCAAACUUCACUGAUUGUGGAUUGUACGUGUUACAAUAUGUGGAAAGUUUUUUCAAACUUCCAAUUACUGACUAUACCUUACCAAUUAAAACUUUAAAAACAUGGUUCGAGGAAAUUGUCGUAACGAGAAAGAGAGAAGAAUUGUCGAAACUGUUAAUUAGAUUGAUGAAUGAUACGAAGGGCGAUAAGACCAUCAAUCUGCCAAAUUUGAAUUUUCCCACGCAAGACGGCAAAUUAAAACCGAAGAGCGAAAACCAGACAGACGCGAAGACUACAAAGCCAGAAGUUGAGAAUAAGAAAAAGCCUACGAAUGUAGACGCAGAAACGCGUAUUGUUUCAUUUGUUACAGAAAAUAAUGAAUCAUCGGACUUUGUUAGUAGAACCACUUUUCAAAUCAUUCCUUACUCUGUAAGUUCUUCUAACUCGACUGAGAGCAAUCCAACGGAAAUGAACGAGCAAAAACCUACAAGAUCUUCAAGUGAGACAAUGUCCUAUUUAAAAUCCAAACGAAUUCCUAGGUUAGUGUCGAAGACACAGAAUCAAGAAGACUCUCAAGUGUCGGUUAAGAAGCAUAAAGGGGAGUCCUAUAAUUCUUGUAAAUAAAUUGUUUCUUUUUUACAGUGAUAAUAUUAACUUACCUUCACACAAAAUACAUGAAAUCAUUCUAUAUAUUACGAUAUGUAGUGUUAAAAUAUCUCAUAUAAGAAACGAAUAAAACUACUGAUUUGAUUUCUGAUUA